CCUCUCCCUCUUGUACAGUGGCACUUGUUGAAUUUGGCCCUUGGAGAAUAGAGAGGGGAGAGAAGCAGAGACAGAUAAUGACAAGGAGGCAGAGGCAGAGGCUUUGAGACGGUGCUAGGACAGACAUUUGAGCAGAGAGAGAAUGGGCUUUUGGAGGAUAUAGAGAUAAGAGACACAGGAAGAGGAAAGUCAGUCAGACUGCAGAGAGAGCCGUCUAUGAGACAGUGGGAAUGACACUUUAAGUGAAAGAGGGAGUCAGCCAGACGGAGAACAUCAGCGCUACUCCUUCCAUCUGUAACUACUCCUCGUCUGUCCUGCUGCUGCUGCUGCUGCUGGUGCUGCUGGUGUGUUUUCCUAAGUGUCCAAAGGCUUCAUGGUGUUUCUGUGGCCGGACGACUGGCUCGCACAGGUCAGAGCCGUCUGGGGCUGAAACACUGAGCGCUCUUUUUGAGUCGUGCACGUGUGCAGCUAGAGGAAACUUGUAUGCUGUUUUCUCCAGAUGCCUCUUCCAGCGGCACAGACUGCGGUGAAUAUCUGAAACCCCGUCAUCCCCUCGCUCGCUCUGCUGGCCAACAUGUCCCAGCUGCUCCAUGUGGAGAUCCCGAACUUUGGGGCCACGGUUCUGGGCUCCCUGAACGAGCAGCGGCUGCUGGGACACUACUGUGACGUUUCCAUUCUGGUAAAAGGUCAGGCUUUCAAAGCCCACCGGGCCGUGCUGGCUGCCAGCAGCCUCUACUUUCGUGACCUCUUCAGCAGCUCCACUAAGACCCAGUUUGAGUUGCCUUCCUCAGUCACACCUGCUUGCUUUGAGCAAAUCCUCUCUUUCUGCUACACAGGGAAGUUAACGAUGGCAGCUAGUGAGCAGCUGGUGGUCAUGUACACAGCUGGCUACCUCCAAAUUCAGCAUAUAGUCGAACGGGGCAUGGACCUAAUGUUCAAGGCAAACUCCCCUCACUGUGACUCGCAGACGGCCGGGUCGUUAGAGGAGACGGGGUCCGAGCCCCAGAGCCCCAACAACGUCAACGGCCUGGCGGUGGCCGCGCUUUUGGGGACGCCGGGGUGGUCGACGCCGCUGCUCAUGCCUCAGCGCAAGAUCAAACUGGAAGGGGGCGACCCGGCGCCCAUCACGGUCCCCUCCAUGCAGAGCAAGAUCUCAUCCUCGGAGCUGGGGAGCAGGAUGGACCGGGCCAGCUCGCUGUUCUACACGGCGGCCGGGGGGACGUCCAUCCCCGGCAUACCGCCUUUCAACCUGCAAGGGACGAGUGGAGGGGGAGCGGGAGGAGCAGGCGGAGGAGGAGCAGGCGGGGAGAGAUGCAGCCCCGGAGCCUCCAGCCUGCCCACCACCGACAGCCCCACGUCCUACCAGAACGAGGACGAGGAGUUCGAGGAAGAGUCGUACGACGGGCUCACCGAGGAGGCCUACAGUCACAUCUACGGACGCUCGGCUAACCCCUACGGGAUCCAGGACAAGGCCGAGAUGGCAGCGGUCCCCUUGUCCUUGGAGAGUCGGAACUGUGUGCUGAUCCGCAGAGAUCUGGUGGCGCUGCCGGCGAGCCUCAUCAGCCAGAUCGGCUACCGCUGCCACCCCAAGCUCUACACGGAGGGGGACCCGGGGGAGAAGCUGGAGUUGGUUGCUGGCAGCCAGGUCUUCAUGACACGAGGACAACUGAUGAACUGCCACUUGUGUGCCGGCAUCAAACACAAAGUGUUACUCCGCCGUCUGUUGGCCACGUUCUUUGACAGAAACACUCUGGCCAACAGCUGUGGGACGGGUAUCCGCUCGUCCACCAGUGACCCCAGCAGGAAACCCCUGGACAGCCGGGUCCUCAACGCUGUCAAACUCUACUGUCAGAAUUUUAACCCUAACUUCAAGGAGAGUGAAAUGAAUGUGAUUGCUGCUGAUAUGUGCACGAACGCGCGGCGCGUGCGCAAGAGAUGGCUGCCCAAGAUCAAGUCCAUGCUCCCCGACGGCAUGGAGGUGUACCGUGCCGGGAUGGGCAUGGGUGCUGCUGUAGGUCUGGGCCUGGGCCUGGGCGCCACCCAGACCGGAGUCCCCCUCCCCUUCGAGCCCGACUUCAAGACCCUGGAGCAGAGGUUGUACCCGGAUCGCAAAGGCCCUUUCAGGACUCACCCACCUCUGACGGAGGGCAGCCCCGGGUCCGGGGAAGCCGGGGAAAACGCCGAAGGUGAAGGUGAAGCGGCGGUGCAAGAGGAACCCGGGGGGGAGGAGGAGGAGGCCGGGUCGGCCGGGUCGGCCGGGUCGGAGGGUGCAGACAGAUCGCAGGGGGCGCCGGCUCUGAUCCCGGGGGCCGACGCGGGCGACGCACCGACCGAGCAGAAGGUGGAAAGUUUUGGACAAGGUCUGAGGGUGAACGGACAGUGAACGUCCCUUUGGGGUCGCCUCUCGUGUUGUGAAAUCUUUUUAACACAUGCAUUUUCUUCUGCUUGCUCUCAAACUCUAACGUCAUUUCCACCAACUCAUCCUCCGUCUCUCUCUGCUUCCUCCAUGGAAAUUCUUCAGAGCACUCAUGGAUCUUAUUACCGAUAAGUCGGUCGCACAUGCAUGUGCAUGUGUGCAUUCGUGUACUUGCACACUUUCCCAAGGUGGAAGUACAAACACUGACAAGUAGAAGUAGACACAGGCACGGACGGUCAUUAGCACAUGGAGAAAAUCCCCCUCUUCUAAUCCGUUCCUGUAUUUCGUUGUACGAGGAACACACAGUAUUUGAGCUCCUGCACCAAAAUUAAAAAAAAAAAGGGCCUGAUAAACAAAUAGCUGUAAUGAUUCAUCAUUUCAGUGCAUUAUAAAAGCUACAGCUGCUUUGCGGGCAAGCUUACGGAGUGUGGUGUAAUAGCUCGUAAAAAUGAUUUCAUUUUCUUGGAAACGUGCAUUUGAAAACAGCCCAACCUUUAGAAACCCAGAUCAAGAGGAGAGAAGAAACGACGCAGGGGGAGGGCAAAUAAAACAGGAUUACAACGUUAGGUCACAUACGUCCAAAGCACCUUCUAACGCAACAUCUUUUUUUUUCCCUGUUAAUUCAGGAUGUAUGAUGAACAUUACGAAACCUUUUUUUUUUUUUUUUUUAUUUCCAUGAAUGCUAAACUUUUCUUCACAAUCCAAAAACAAAUCUAUCACAUGCAACGGUUUUGUUCAUGCAUAUCUGCCGUGACGUAUCGGAUUAGAUCCUCAAUGUGAUGCCUGUGUCUGCUCCAGACCUCUCUUUCCAUCAAUCCAACCACACACACAAAACAAACAUUAACCAGUCUACAAUGCAAACCUUUAAUCUCUUUACCGACGUAUUCAAACAAUACACGGUUCACAAAAGAAAAAAGAAAAGAAAAACAUGUCGCUUUUGAACUUGAACUGAAGAAUCUUUUGAAAUACAAGCAUCUUGGAGACACAAAGAGAGAAAACAUGUACUGAAGUCCAGCCUUGCAUGCAUUUAAUACAAACAAUGGAUUGAAAGAAUUACUGAAAAGAACAGCAAAGCCACAACCCUGCAUCUAAAGAUAAGAGCUAUUGUUGCCUGGAGCUAUAUGCCGUUAAAAAACACAGAAUGACGUUUCUCCGUCUCUCUCUGGGAUCUGACCUCAGUCUAACCACCAUUAGAACUGGCCUUCGGUGUAACCCGGGAUUGACCAUCUUGGACACGUUACUGUUAGUUUGAAUUUCUGUUUGUUUUGUUUUCCUUUUUAACUACGAACUGAAGCUGCCGCCACAAAAAGAGGGGAGUGAAUCAAUGGAAGAGAAAGAGGACGAGCACUACACUGAGUGGUUGAAGAGAAGAGAGAAGCACUGUUCCACCUUGAUGUGAUCUUACAUGUACAGAGACUACACAGACCUGCUUCCAUCCUGGCUUUUUUUUUUCUUCUCCUUCUGUUGGGGAAAGGGUGGGUGGGUAAAUUAUUGAAUAAAAAAUUUAAGAGCAGUUUAUCCUGGCUUAUGUGCUGCUGCAUUUGCACUCAAGAAGGUUAAAGGGUGGGAAACGGAGGAGUUGGCAAAAUGGACUUGUAAAGACUGCAAAUUGCCACCACAUCAGCCUGAUUACAUAAUUAAUCAGGCAUUUGUGGCCUUGGAUAGAAACAACGGCUCUCUGAAGAAGACUGUUUCUAUAUUUUAGAUGGGAGGGGGGGGUUAGGUCAUGCAUUUGUCAUACUCGCUUUCUUUUUUGAUGUCUCUUUUCAUGCUUGUUGCCACGCAUAGAGCGCGGUGCAAGCAGCCUUUCGUUAUUAUUUCAUGCAUUGAGUUCAAAAGAUGCAACGUUGUAUGUAUCCCUUGUACUUUGCUUGAAUGAAAGCCCAUUUAAUCACAAGAGCAGACCCUUUUUUUUCAUCCUUUUUCUUCUCUUUGCGACAGAAAUGCACAAUUUUAAGAGCUACGGAGAAAGUACAGCACUUAUAUAUUCCCCCUGCUAGAUUUGAUCUCUUCUUAUUCAUGUUUCGUUGCCCAAUUCUUCUCCAUCUGUCACCCAAGUAUCUUGGUUUCUUUAGGGCAAGCUUUAAGAUGGCUCUGUACGAGAAAGGCAGGGCUAUGAUUGCACUAGAUAAUAAUGAGGAUGUUACAUUUUCUUUUCUUGAAAGACGUGUGGUCCGUCACGGAUGAACCAGGGCUGUGAUCAAAUGGCCAAGAUGAUUAAUGAAUGUAAACUGUAGCACUGCUUUGUUAAAGGCCCAGGCCUCGAUAGAAUAUAGUCAAUUACAAAGUCCCUGUUUAUACAUUUCUUUUUUUUUCUUCUUCUUUUUUUUUACAUAAAUUGCUAAAUUGGAAAUUUUACAAAUGCACCACAAUGAAUGGGACUGGAUUUUGGCUAGAUGGAUGUUUUAACUUAAAACACAAGUGAUUUUUGUUUUUUUAAGCCACUAUACUAUGUAUAAAUAAAACUUCUGACAACAAUGGGGCGCUUGCAGGGCCGGUUCUAGAAAAUGAUGACUAGGGCUGCAUCUCAGAUCAGAGGGGGGGCACAUGCCUGGCACCUUAUUCAACACUAAAUUAUGCAUUUUCCCAUAAUUUCAAGCGGAAUGAUACUAGUAAAACAAGAAUAUUUAAAGUGUAUUUCAAAUGCUUUAUUGCAGCAAUAUUGCUGCAGAACAAAGAAAAUGCUACAUUUAGUCUGGGCUACCUCACCCAUCAGAUAAUCUACACUGCACAAAUUCAAAAUCUUAACAAGAAUAUUUGUCUUAUUUCUAGUUAAAAUGGCUAAUUUUUAGUCUAAAAAAAUCUUAUUACACUUAAAACAAGAUUCAUCACUGGAAAAAACAACAAU